AUGUCAAGAACGCUUAUAUAUAGAACAAAUAAAGAAUUUGAUAAAUGUAGUGAACUUUUACGGAAUAUUUUACGUGUUCAAGAAUCACGUCGAAAUGCUAAAUCUUCAGCUAUUUAUGAAGUAAAUCGGAAAAAACAACAACAAUCAUUAAUAAAUACAAGGUCGAAAAAACAGAAUAGGAAAGUAACUGUUACUAAACCAUCAUUCGUCAGAACAAACAUCAAUGACAGUAAAGAAACAAAUGAACAUCGAUCAUCUUAUUCACAAAAUAAACUUUUACAUUCAGUAAAUGAAGGAACUAUAGAGGAAACAUCAUUAUUAAAGAAUCGUGUAAGUUCAAAUAAAUCUCGUAAAAAUAUUGCACGUUCUCCAUCUCCAACACAAAACACUCAUCAACGUUUGACAUCUCCGUUAAAAAAUAGUUCUUUAACAAAUAAUAAAUCUCAAAAAAACUCUCUUCCAUCAUCAUUACAUCAUCGUAGACAAACUAAAGAAGAAUUUGUACGAAGUUCAUCUUGUAGUGAUAUACAAUCAUUAAAAUCUAAUUUUAUGCAUCAAGAACAAAAACGUUUUAUUCUUGAUCAAUUUAUUACAUAUUUAAUACGUAUACGAACGAUUUCAAAACAAAUUCGAGCUCAAAAUUCUAACAAUGUUAAUGAUCCUGAAUGUUAUCAUUUAUGGAAUGAACUUGAAAAUUUUCUUUCAUUGGCUCUAUCAUAUGCUAAUGAUAAGAUACAAUUUCAAUUAUCAUUAAUACCAUUACAAAGUGAAAUAAUCGAACUUCGAAAACAAUUGCAAACAACUAAUAUUCAUUUACAUGAAUAUGAUCUAACACGUCGUAAUGAUGAACAAUAUGCUCAUUUACAAAAGAAAUUCGAUACAAAUCAAAUUCAACAUACACAAUUAUUAUUACAUAAUAUUGAGUUAAAAACACAAUGUCAGUUAUUAAAAGAGAAAAUUGAUCAUUUAGAACAAGAUAAUACUCAUCUUAUACAACGAUUAACUCAAAACGAUCUUCAUUCAAUAGCUCAAUGUACCCCAUGUAUUUCGACAAAUAAUGAUCUUCUUCUUCAAGAAGAAAUAAUUUUUUUAAAAGAAAAACUAUAUCAUGUUUAUGAUGAUCUUGCAAAACUAUUGCAUCGAAAUCAUACACUUCAAAUAUCCAUUAGAGAACAAGAUCAACAAUUAUUAUUAUAUAAGCAACAAAUCAAUAAUUUAAGACAAUCAACUCAAAAUCUUUUACAUGAUCUUGAUGAUCAAUCCAUGCGAGAAAAAAUUAAACAAUUUUUAAAUAAUAUUCUUAUCGAUCAACAUCAUUAUGAAGUAUCAACAAACUCUUUUCAUCAAACUCCUACAAAAUCUACUUCAUCAGCUAUUAAACCAUCUUCUAUUUUGUUCGAAAUUCCUCACAAAGUAGCAGCAACGUCACCACCUCAGUCUGCUACAUUUGAAUCAUAUGCAUCACCAAUUGUUAUAAUGAAUAAACAUCAACCAAAACUUAUUUUUGUAACGCCGACUAUUCUAAAUGAUUCGAAUAUUGUUUCAAAAUUUCAAUAUAAUCGAAAUCCAACAAUUGAUGUAACACAUUGUUCAUCAUCAACUAUUGACGAUGCCGAUUCAAUAUUAAUAUCUUCAGUUUCUACAUCAUUAUCUUAUGAACAACGAAACCAUACGACUUUGUAUAAAAGUUUACCGGUAUUGCCUACAUCUACAACAGUUGAUACAAGAAAAAUGACGACAACAAUAGGCAAACAACAAAUUUAUAAUAAUGAAAGUGGUCCUGAACUUGAUCAAAUAUCUGAUUUAACAUCAAAAAUGUUUAGUUCAGGAGAUGAAGAUAGUCUUAUUGGUGAUAAUAAUAUAUCGACAUCUUCGUCAUUAACUAUAACUUCCGAUGCUAAAAAACUCAUGGAUAUGUAA